UUUGCGCUAUCAAUUCUCCCAUCCAAGAAGUGCCUAAUAUUCGUGAAAUCAUGGUUCAAGCAUGGUUUAUGGACACCGAGACGACUGAUCAGCGUCUGGAGCAUCACCGCAAUCCGCCGGAAUAUGUUUCCCUCGAUGAUUUGUAUGCCAAAACCGGAGUGGAGUAUUUCAAGAUUAAUGUUGACGGACCGCAGGCGGAUGAGGCCCUGGAGAAGAUUCGGAAGGAGCGUGGAUAUAGCUAUGAAGAUCAAAUAACCUGCUCUAAAGAAUGCCUUCCGGAUUACGAGACGAAGCUGAAGAACUUCUUCACGGAACAUCUGCACACGGAUGAAGAGAUUCGGCUGGUGAUGGAUGGUUCUGGGUAUUUCGAUGUCAGAGAUGGCGAAGAACAGUGGAUCCGAAUUUCUGUUGUGCGCGGAGACAUGAUUAUCAUUCCCAGUGGAAUCUAUCACAGAUUCACGCUGGAUUCAAAGAACUUCAUCACGGCUAAGCGAUACUUUAUCGGAGAGCCAGUGUGGCUUCCGUACAAUCGCCCCGCUGACGACAUGGAAUGCCGACAGCAGUACGUGAAGAGGCUGUCUGAGGGCUUCAAGUGAUUUUCCACGGUUAUUGGGUGAUUAUUUGGGAUUUGGGAGAUUUUAUCAGCAAUAAAAUUUCCAUUUCAGCAUGUUUGCCAUAAAAAUGGUG